AUGAUACCAAAAGACCCAACCUUUAUUUCACAUUUUUACGAAAUUUUUACAGUCCAAGAAUAUCCUGGGUACAAAUUCAUUGGUCUAACAUAUGGGCCUGGAGGUGAUAAUCAAAAGCGACUAGAGAAGGAAAUUGGUGCCAAGAUAAAAAUUCGUGGAACCAAAGCAGACACAGGAGAGAAAAGUGAAAUUAAACCAGGUACUGAUGUUCAGUGCAGUUACAAAGAGAUGCAGGUUAACACAACAGCUGAUAGUUUUGAUAAAGUGGAUGCAGCAAUUUUCACCAUUGAACUACUAAUUUCCUCUGUAACUGGGAGCUCAGCUGCUAGUUCCACACCUUCUGUAUCUGUCUUUGGGGACAGCACUAAUGGUCUGAAUCAAAACCAAGAUCCCCCAUCUCAUGCAAUCUCUCUAUCUCUGUCCAACCGGGCUGUGUUUCAACCAGCAACCAUUACACAAAUGCAGAAGACGUAA